AUACUCCAUAUUACACCAUCCAUUGUUUCAUACAAUUUCGCUUCUUGUAUAAUCAAUUCAGGUAUAUUAUUGCGGUGUAAUUGAAUUACAUUAACUUAUUCCAGUUUUAGGGUUUUUGGUUGUGAAGAAUAUAUAAUUAACAUGAGGAGGGACAUGAUUGAAUUUGAGCGUGUUCUUAGUUACUUUGAUGAAGACGGCGACGGAAAGAUUUCACCCAACGAGUUAAGGAGUCGAAUGGCGGAGAUUAGUGGAGAGUUUGAAUUGAAAGAAGCGGAAAUUGCUAUUGAGUCAUUGGAUUCUGAUGGUGAUGGUUUAUUGACUUUGGAGGAUUUGAUAAAGCUUAUGGAAUCUGGGUGUGAGGAUGAGAAAUUGAAGGAUUUGAAGGAAGCAUUUGAAAUGUAUGAUAAUGAAGGGUGUGGCUUCAUAACACCAAAGAGUUUGAAGAGAAUGUUGAAAAAAUUGGGAGAUUCUUCUAAGUCCAUAGAAGAUUGUAAAUUGAUGAUUGGGAGGUUUGAUUUGAAUGGGGAUGGUGUGCUUAGUUUUGAAGAAUUCAGAAUCAUGAUGGAGUGAAUGAUGAUGCUUAUGUAUUUUUCUGGCUUUGGCCUUAGGCUAGAGGGUUUCAUUAAUUCUUUUGUACAUUAUCAUAUGCCUAAUUACAUUUACGCGACUAAUAUAAAUGUUUUUGUAAUGAAAAAUUAUAUAUAUUUGGAUAUCUAAAUUCUUAUGGCAAA